AUGAAUUCCACCGUCGACACUUUUGCUAUAUCGGAAUGGUCGCACGUCACAGAGCUAGACGACCUCUUGAGUGGCGUGACCGACCUCAGAGAGGACGGCGCGCUGCGCUCUUCUCCCAAGACGGAAAAGAUGAACUCAAACGACAUGACGAUAUCGAUGACCUCGGAGGCUGCGGGCAGGUUUUCACCGAGCUACCCAAACAGCCACCUCAAGGCGCAGGCAACAGUCGAGCAGCUGUUGAGCGAGUACGCUCCGGGUCGCACGGAGCUGAUGUUGAUCAGGCUCAAGUCGGGCCUGGACUACUUUGCCGGUUUUCUGGUGCUCAUGAACUCCAUGGUCCUUCUCCUUCAAUUCGAGAUGGAGGGAAGGACCGUUGGCCUCACCGUGGGUUUGUCCGAUGGACCGGCAUGGGAACAGGUGAUUCCGGCGCUGCAGAUUGUUGACAUCGUCUUUGUCUUCAUUUUUCUCGUCGAGUGGCUUAUUCGGAUAUCUGUGGAGAGGUGGCAAUUCGUGAAAGACUACGCUAAUCUUUUUGAUACCAUCCUUGUCCUUGGUGGGCUGGUCGACACGUACAUCAACCUUGCAUUUGUCGGGGAGACAUCAGCAUCGAAAAGCAUUGUCAUCCUCCGGCUGAUGCGAGCCAUGAAAUCUUUUCGGGCCAUCCGAAUGGUGCGCAGCUUGCGGUUUUUUCGCGGUCUCCGUGUGCUGGUCAAGGCGUGUCAAUGUUUCUUGCCUUCGUUGUGCUGGUCAAUGGUUCUAUUGCUGAUUUUCAUGGCCAUGGGCGCACUUAUGCUUGGAAAUCUCCUGCAGAGUUUCGUUGACGAUGAUGAUCAAGAUCUUGACGAUCGUCAGUGGAUCUGGAUGCAUUAUGGCACUGCGUACCGUGCCCUCUAUACUUUUUUUGAAAUUACAUUUGCUGGAAAUUGGCCCACGAAUACGCGGCCGGUGCUGGAGAAGGUUAACCACGGCUUCGCCAUAUUCUUCGUGUGCUACAUUACACUGGUGGUGUUUGCUAUUAUUCGCGUUAUCAGCGCCGUUUUCCUGAAGGAUACGCUGGACGCUGCUCAGAACGAUGCGGAAGCACUGGUGGUGGACAAGAUGCACAAGAAACAAGAGUUUGUGGUCAAGUUGGAGGGCAUCUUCAAAGCUAUCGAUGACACUGGUAGUGGCAUCAUUUCAGAGGAGAGACUCACCACGAUCCUGUCGAACCCGAAGGUGGCGGCCUACUUUCAGACGAUGGACAUUGAUGUCCAUGAGGGGAAAGCUCUCUUCCACGUAUUGAACAACGGCGAAGGUGGUGUCUCGCUGGACGAGUUCAUUGACGGAAUAUUGAAGUGCAAAGGCCCUGCGCGUGCCAUCGACCAAGUCGCUAUGCACGCGGAGAUCAAGGCGUUGGACAUCAAAUUGACGAGGCUUGUUCGAACGCUGGAUAGUGCCCACGUCAUCUCUGCCUCGCGCUCCUUCGUGGACAGUGGCAACAUGAAGUCUGUCGCGGAGCACCUUAAGGUCUUCCGCAUGGAUGAGGCGCAGACACGUCGUCGAUUGUCUUCGACAAGCCUUACGCGCUGA